GCGGAUUGAGAGUGACGCGUUUCACCUACUUAUAAAGGAAAAACACAACAAACAUAACAGUGACUAACUUUCUGAUGAGCGGAUACUCACACUCUCUCUCUAACACACACACACAAACACAGAUAGACACACACCGACCGAAUCAUGCAGUACCAGUCCGCGGUCAGGCCCGUUCCCCUGUACGCGCCGACCCCGGUUCAGCCCGCGCAGCCCACUCCGUUUUACAUUGAAGACAUCCUGGGCAGAAGUGAUGGCACACCGAGCUCAUGCUCCCCGCUCGCCCCUGUGACAGCACCCACGCCGGCUUUACCUUCACCGAACUCAUCAUUCAACAGCUGGGUGCCGCCUUACCGGAGCGCAGUGUACGAGCCGACUCCGAUACACCCGCACCAUAGCCCGCACCCACACCCGCACCCGCACCACGCCGCGCUUGCCGCAGCCGCCGCAGCCGCAUACGGAAACCCGCUGUACCCGUUCCACCGCGCGCUGCUCGGAGACUACUCACACGCCCUCAUCAGACACGACCCUCUCGGUAAGCCCUUGUUAUGGACUCCGUUCAUUCAGCGUCCUUUGCACAAGCGGAAAGGAGGACAGGUGCGUUUCUCUAAUGAUCAGACUGUGGAGCUGGAGAAAAAGUUCGAGACGCAGAAAUACCUUUCACCACCGGAGAGGAAACGACUGGCCAAGAUGCUCCAGCUGAGCGAGAGACAGGUAAAAACAUGGUUUCAGAACCGCAGGGCCAAAUGGAGGAGACUGAAACAGGAGAACCCUCAAGGUCCUAAGCGCGAGCUCGACAGCGAGCACUCGGAAAGAAGCUGCUCGCUCGCGGAACCCCGGAGCUCGGACCCGCACCCCACGCGCUCCUCGUCAUCGUCCUGCUCCUCACCGUCUUCACGCGCGCUGCUCGAGUCGGAAGUUUCAGACGAUUCAGACAGAGAGCUGGACAUUGAGGAGGACGCAGACAUCUCAUUGAGUCCUCCCCUAUGAGGACGGCUCUGCAAACACGGGACAAGGGGACACUUAUUUAUGCACGGAUUCAGAUGGACUUCUAUGCUGUAUAUAGUCAUUAUGAAAACUUUCCGUGUUAUACUUUUUGUUGGAUCAGACUCUUCAGUGUUUCUAACACGCACACACGCAGACACACACUGCAUUUUUAAGCAUUAUACCAUGGCUCCAAAGUUUAACAUCGCUUUUUAUGUUAAACCAGUGUUUGAGCCAUGUGUUAAAACAACAAACGGACGAUUUAAUCCUGAUAAGUGAUGUAUUAAAUGUUCAGCAUUAAGCAUGUAAAUAUUUAAUGUAUAAAAUUCGUAAUAAAUAAUAUCUUAUUACACCUUGGAUACACUGCUCAUAAUUUAAGUUAUAAAUGUCUAAGUAAUGCAUAUGACAGGAACCGAAUGACUGAUUGUUUGGUUGAUUGUUUGAAAGAAUUGUGUUAAAAGAAGAUAAUUUCUUUUAGUAGGAGAAGAGAGAUAGAAUUUCAAGUGGAUCUUUACAGAAUACUAAGACUCAUUUUGAAUUACAUUUGUGGAAGAAGUUUGUUGCUUCUUGUGUUUGGGAUAAUAAUUAAUAAUCUGUAACAAGCUGGGAAAACAGCUUUUUAAUAGGUCUGUGUUGAGAUUAGCACUAGAGUAGUUAUGGACAUUUACUUUCAUCAUGCAGAAAAAAUCUGGAAAAGUAAAGUUGUUUCAAUAUGGAAUGGAUGACUGUUAUCAUAUUAUGGCCACAUGUCUACUACAUGACUUUAAAAUCUGGGUUGCCUACUAUCAAAUCAGUCUUCCAAAUUUUUGGAAGAUACUAUAAGUCUUUCAAAUUAAGGGAA